AUGAGCAGCACUACCACAGUCCCGACCAAGGACUCCGGCGCCCGCGGCCGGGUCCGGGACAUCGUGCCGGGCAUCCACAUCGGCGACUACAAGACCGGCCCCAAGAACGGCAUCACGGACGUCCCCGGCGUCCUGGCCUCCACCCAAGAGUUCCACCUCAACGGCGGGCGCGUCAACACGGGCGUCACCGUCAUCCUGCCCCGCCGCGACUGGUGCACCGACGGCUGCAACGCCGGCAUGUUCCGCCUCAACGGCGCCGGCGAGUUCACCGGCUCCCACUGGAUCGCCGAGACCGGCAUGCUCUCGUCCCCCAUCGUCCUGACCAACACGACCAGCGUCGGCGGCGCCUACCAGGGCAUCUACGAGUACGCCAACGAGCACCACGCCAACGAGUACGGCUUCUGCGACUACUUCCUCGUCCCCGUCAUCGGCGAGACCUACGACGGCUACCUCAACGACCUCGGCGCCUUCCCCAUCACCCCGCAGCGCGUCGCCCACGGCAUCGCCACCGCCUCCGACGCCCCCGUGCCCGAGGGCAAUCGCGGAGGCGGGACCGGCAUGAUCUGUCAGGGCUUUAAGGGCGGCACCGGCACCGCCAGCCGCAUCGUGCCCGGGUUCGGCAGCAGCCCCGACGCCGCCGCCGCCGAGCGCCCCGAGAAGGAGUACACCGUCGCCGCGCUGGUGCAGGCCAACUACGGCCGGCUGAACCACCUGCGCAUCGCGGGCGUGCCCGUGGGCCGCAUCAUCGCCGACGAGCGCGCCGCCGCCGGCCAGGGCCCGCCCGCCGCCGACCGCGCCAAGGACGGCAAGGACGGCAGCAUCGUCAUCGUCGUCGCGACCGACGCGCCGCUGAGCCCGACGCAGUGCCAGCGCCUGGCCAAGCGCGCCGCCGUCGGCCUCGCCCGCGUCGGCGGCUACGCGCACAACCCCUCCGGCGACAUCUUCCUCGCCUUCUCGACGGGCAAUCAUAUCCCGGUGCUGUCCACGACCGACGACCCGAAGCGCAAGGCGAACCCCUUCCAGCCGCGGCCGUUCAGCGUCGACGUCGUCGAGGACUCGACCAUGAACGGGCUGUUCGAGGCGGCGGCCGACGCCACCGAGGAGGCCAUCUACAACGUGCUGUGCAUGGCCGAGACGCUGACGGGCUUGGCGGGCCACACCAUCGAGGCGCUGCCGCUGGACAAGUUGAGGGAGAUCAUGGACAAGUACAUGUACAAGUCUCCUUAA